AACACGAAUUUCUCUGUCCAAUUAGCUAAUAAAACAGCAUGGCUUUCCUUUGUCUUCACACUACAUCCCUUGUUUUACUGUUCCUCAUUUCCCUUCCAACCAAAGGCCUCUCACAGGACACCCCUAUCAACCCAGACCCAACAAUAGCUGAUUGCACCCCACGGCUGCUUCCACUGACCCCAUGUGCACCAUUUGUGCAAGGCAUGGUUAGGUCACCACCGCCAUCUUGUUGUAACAACCUCAAGCAACUCUACUUGCAGCAACCUGGUUGUCUUUGCCUCAUGCUCAAUGACACUAACUUGAUUUCUUUCCCAAUUAACAGUACCCUUGCCCUGAAGCUCCCUGCUCUCUGUCACAGCCAAGUAAAUACCUCUGCUUGUUCAGGGCUUCCUGAAGUGCCUUCUAGUUCACCUGCUUCUCAAGUUCCCCUAGGGGCUCAUAACAAUUCUUCUAACGGGAAACACACCAACUCUUCUGUCGCUGCAUCUCCAAUGGUUCAAGUGGCACCAAGACCUGUUAUCAUGGGAUUAGGGCUCAGUCGGAAUGCUGGUAGAAAGUUAAAGGCAAAAAGGCUCUUGGUGCUUCUGGUGACUGUGGCAGCUACUCUUCUUACAAAAGCAACUCACUGAGUCUAACUAUGAGCAAGUUGUAGCUUUUGAUGGGUGUAGUCUAGUAUUUAGGAUCAAUAUGAAUCAUUUUGAACUGGUUUUGAUGUUGAUUUACGACUUCUGUUUGUAUUUUGCUGCUACCCAUUACCCUUUCUACUGGUUUGGAAUAAUAGUUAACAGUUUCUUGCAGAUAAUUUUACCUAUAUCAGAAUCCUUAACCCUGAAAACUGCCAAAGAUACCUCAAUACUUGAGAACAUAUGUAUCAGAUCGGAAGGAAUUAAAUAAAACACAUAACAGAAAGUCAGUCAUGCAUAUGUA